AUGGAGGAUUUACAUAUGAAGAUUACUGCUUUGGCAGAUAUUUUCACUCUUUUUGAUAAAGAGACUAUUACAGAGGUCUUGGCAAAGCACAACAAUAAGUUUGAUGCUGCCGCUGCCGAGUUGGCAGAGACUGAACCACCAAAGAAAAAGCAACCACAACAACAACAACCACCAGCACCAGUUGUUGUACAACAACCAGUUGCACCACCACCACAAUAUCAACAACCAAGGCAACCGGCUCCAGCUAAACCACAACCAAUGCUCAGUGACAAGCGUCAAGUCUAUAAAGAGAUUAAGAAUAUAGUUGGUGAGAUCGAUCCAAUGCAACAAUCUGCUAUCUUUGACGUCUAUACCGCCACCGGUGGAAAGAUUCAAGAGACUGCUCAGAUUGUACAUAGCUGGACAACAGACGAGGCAUUGGAGGAGCAGAAGCGUGUCAUGGAGAUCAUGGAGAAGGAAAGAGAGUCACUCAGACUUGCCAAGGAAGAACAAUUGAGAAGACAUCAACAAAUGAUUCAACAGCAAAAGAUUGCUGCAGAGAAGGAGAGAGCAGAGCGUGAUGCUUUGGAGCAAAAGCGUUUGGACCUACAGAGAGUGGAACAAGAGAGACGUGAGAAGGAAAGAUUGGUACUUUUAAUGCGUGAACAAGAAUUGAUCAAACAAGAAGAGGAAAAACAGAGACAAGAACAAGAGAGAAAGAGACGAGAACAAGUCGAGCAAGACAGACUCCUCAAGUUGUUGGAUCAAGAGAGAGAGCAACACCAAAAGGCUUUGAAGGCCGCCCAGGAACAGGAACAACGUGAUCGUCAAUUCGCAGAGAAACUCCAAAAGGAACAAGAAGAGGCCGCAAAGCUCGAAGCAGAACGUACUGCCUUGAAGCAAGCUUUGCAAAAGCACGAAUCCGAACGUAAGAAGCUCGAAGAGCAAGCCGAACAAGCUAAAGCCCAAAAGGAGAAGAUCGACUUGGAGAUGAAGAAGAAGCAAGAGGAAGAGAUCGAAAAGCAAAAGCGUAUUUUUGAGAAACAACAAAAGGAACUCAUCGAACAACAAAUUGCUCUCGAGGCCAAGAGACAAAAGGAACUCGAACACAACAAGGAGCUCUUGAGAUUGCAUGACUCUGAUCAACGUCAACUCGAAGAACUCAAAAACAAGUUGGAUUUGUUACAAAGAAAUCAAUCCGAAGAGGAGAUGAUGAAGAAGCACGAGAUUGAGUUGAAGAGACAAAACGAACUUGAGCUUGUCAAGCACAUCGAGGAGUUGGAGCGUCAAAAGGUUGAGUUGCAAAAGCUACAGGCACUCGAAUUGGACAUCAUCCAGCGUGAAAAGGAAAAGUUGGAGAAGGAACUCGUCCAAAAGUUGGAGAUCAUCGAGCAAACCAAAUUAUCAAAUACCUUGUCCUUGAAGCUCACUCGUGGUACCGAGGCUGACACUAUCGUCGUUAACUACAACUUGGGUAAUCAAAUUCACAGCCACUGCUGGAUCGGUAUCUAUCCAACUCAUCAACCAAAGAACGAACGUUAUCUCACCUACAAGGUAGUCGAAGGUGGUAACGACGGUUCCAUUACCUACCCAGGUAUCAUUCCAGGAAACUACGAAGCUCGUCUCUUCAAGGACAAAUAUGAUUUGCUCCAAACAAGUGAUUCCAUUUUGAUUGGUCCAGAUGUCGAUCUCUCUGCACACGUCGUCGGUGAUGAAAUCCACAUCAAAUACAAUGUUGCUGCACCAUCAAGCAUCUCCAACCGUGAUUGGAUCGGUUUAUACUCUAAGGGAUUACGUAACAAAAAGUAUAUUGACUCUACCUAUGCAAACAACACCGGAACAGCCAUCUUUAAAUCACCAAGAACACCAGGAGAAUACUCUGUUCGUUACUUUGUUUACCCAACUAAAUAUAAUGAACAAACCAUUGCCACUUUUGAAAUUUUAGAUUUGGAUCAAAUUUUAGUUACAACACCAAUCGUUUCAAAGGGUAAAGAGAUUAAAGUUGAAUAUUCAGUAAAUACUGUUGUACCUUCAUCAUCCGACUGGAUCGGUCUCUAUGUAGUUGGUGAGGAGAACAACAAGAACUAUAUUGAAUCAAAAUACACCAACGGUACCGGAAAUGGUGUCAUUUCUUUUGUCGCACCAGAACAACAAGGUGAAUUUGAAGUAAGAUUUUUCUCAUCCUACAAGGAUGAUAAUAUUGAUAAGAUCGUAUUUUCGUUGUUAUCUAAAAAGUUAUAUGACAAUAGAAAUAGUUUUCUAUAUAUUCCUUUAAACAUUACCGAUAAGACAACAAGAUGUAUGAUAAAGAAUCUUAAAUUAAGAUCAUUUGUAAAUCAAAUAGAAUCAUAUGAUCAUCAAGAUGAUGCUUAUCACAAAAUAAAAACAAUAAUAUCAGUUCAUCUAGCUUAUUUUUCUGGAUAUCCAAAAGUAUUCUCAAGUUAUAUUGGAAAUGAUAAAUUAGAACAAAUAAAGGAAUCUGAUAUCAGUGAUGAUAUCGAAGAGAUAAUCUUCACACGUGACUUCGAUUCAUUACAUCAGAUUCCGGCUAUCAAAAGGAUCGAGUCAUUAAGUGUGUCAUUGACUUCACCAAUCAAUUACGCCAUUCCAAACAAUAUCACAUCGCUCUCUCUUUCUUUUUAUAGUUCCCAAUCUUUUGGAGAGAAUGCAGCAUUACCAUCACAACUUGAAUCACUUACAAUCUUUUCGAGCCUCUUAAUCAAGUUUGAAAAAGGAUUCUUACCUUUGACUCUCAAGAAGUUACGAUUGGUUUGUUCAGCACCAAAGUUUGAUAUUGGAGUGUUACCAGAAGGUCUAGAAUCUUUAAAGAUUGAAAAAACAUCAUUUACCCAGCCUAUCACCAAAGGUGUACUUCCGAGAUCAUUGAAAUCAAUAGGUUUGGAAUCAUACUCUGGAAGAUUAGUUUUCUACAACCCAACAGAGGUAAAUAAUAAUAGUACUUCCGAUAUGGAUGACACCUAUAUUCCAAAUACCAUUAGAAUGUUGAUGAUUGGUUCACCACCAAACAGAGACAAGAAAACUCUUGAUUUAGAAUUACCAUUCACUCUGAAGAAGUUUGAACUAGGUAUAUGGUUCAACCAAAAACUUGGCAAGUUUGUUGUUCCCAAUACUCUCACACAGCUAAAGUUAAAAAGAUCGAAUCAAUUAGAAUAUAUACCAGCGACUAUCAAUUUUCUAUGUUUAAAGAAUAUAAACUUGGAGAUAGGUCGAAUCAAUGAUGUUGUUAAUUUAUCGCUAGAUUUUAUUAAUAAUAUACUUGGUGGCCAAAGAAAAGUUGGUUUCAAUUGGAUCGGACCAUCGAUAAACACAUUAAAGAUUCCAUUAUCAGGUAUGACAAGUAAACUAUUGGAAUCAAUUCCACUAACGGUUACUACAAUCAUCUUGUCGGAAAAAGCUACAUUGUCUGUCAACACUAAAACUAUUUUAAGAAGAUUGAAAGGUCAGAGAUAUCUAUUGUUCUCCGAGACCAAUCAAGGUGGCAUCAUCGAAUCAAAAGAUUUCGACCGUUUCUCAACUUCCACAUACCUAAUUAAAACAUCACCUAAAUAUGAUAAUCCUAUAUUUUUUACAUUUUAA